CCCGCCCCCUGCAAGGGUGACGUGCUGUGAUCAAGUGCAGAGCCAACAACCACUCGCCCACUCGUCCCUUUCUCCAUUCCUUCACCUUCCUCCAUUCAAACUUAUUGAGCUCGCCAACGCAUUCAUCCGCAUACAAGUUGAACGUGCAACCGCCGCUCUCAACCUGCCAUGGCACACCACCAUGCUUCCCCAUACCACGAAGUCAAGCAUGUGCCAAUGAUUGUCUCACCACUCUUCCAAGCGCCGGUGCCUAUAUCUCCACCAUAUGACAUGCAUUCCCUUCCCGACGACAUUACGCAGAGGAGAUACCAUGACUUUUCGCUGGAGCACAGGAUCGUCCAGGAAUAUCAGCGCAUCAUGGCCGAGGAAGCAGCUGUUAUGGAAGCCAAAGAGAACGCCUACAAACUAUACUCCGAGGAGCGACAGGCGCGUCUGGAGCAGGAGAGAGUUACUCAAGCCCGCAAGAUCGCACCGGGAUUUCUGGAUAAUGAAGACCGCCGUAUCUUGACUCCAACACUAGUCACAGCGCAAGCGGCGACGUCUGCUCAGGAAUCGAGCUCCAAAGCCAAGGCAGCAAGAAACCUUCAUUUUGAUUACAGCGAAUUCGAGGCGAAGGACAGUCCUGUGGAGGAAGCGUUGGAAAGCAGCAGUUCAAAGGUCCAAGAAGCUGCAAACGCGAACCAGACUCAGGGCGAUACUCAGCGGGGCUCUAGCUCUACACCCAGCCAGGAUGUCUACCAACAGAACAACCAGGACAAUGCGGAGGAGGAGGAGGUCAUUGUGCAGGCUGUUCCGUUGUCUGAGCUUACGGGAUUAUUGCGCGAUAGCUGUCUGGAAGAGGAAUCGUCGAGCUCGCUGCCUCAGUCAUGGUCGGGACGCGACGCAGCAUCGGAGAAAUCUGUACUUCCUUCGUUUAGUGCAACGCGAUUGGACUUUCGUGAGUUUGAGCAGGGAUUGGGACCACCAGACCCAUGGGAAACCCCCGUCGAUGACCUGACCGCCCUGAGGGAUGUCAUUUCGCAGCAGAUGGGCCAUAACAACUCCUCACAAUCCCAGGAUAUUGCGCAAGGACGUCCGCAGCCACUUCAACAACUUCAACAGCAGCAAUCCCAAACAUACCCUUACCAGCCACAACAGACCCCUUCACCAUUCCCGCAGCAUGCUGAUCAGCACUCACACAACCAAUACCAGUUCGGCACGCCUCCCACAAAAUCUGGAUACAAUCCAUCGCCAACCCCUGUUGCCGCCUUUGUGCCUCAACCAAAAGUCACCGGAAUCGCACAGCAACAACAGACCUUGCAGUAUCACCAACAGCAGCAUCGUCAUUCGACUGGAGGUAUCGCUGGCGCUCACCCUGCGUCAACAGGUCUGACAGCAGCUCAGCAGCAUGCUCGAUUCGGGAACGCUUCGCCCUCUCCACCACCAUUACCUCCACCACCGAGGGCCAUGACAUCCUCUCCAAGUGUCGGAACUGGAUCUGCUGCCACUAUUAACUCGACAUCCGGAUCAGGUCGGCCUCCUGUACCAGCGCGGCCACAUCGACCCACCGAUCAGUCGUCGUUAGAUUCCCCAGCUUCUGCAGGCAUUGACCAUACCACGGUUUUGGAUCGAUCUAUGACCCCACCACGUCCACCGCUGCCACCACCACCGCCAUCGUCACAGGUAGCAGCAGGUGCAGCAUCUUCUGCAUCAUCAUCCGUAGUCGGUCCAUCAGGGCCUACUGCGGGCCCCCCAGCGCUUAAACCACGUCCACCCAAAGACCAUGAGAUGCUUCAUGGAAUGCUGGGACCCGGCAAAACUCCUGCGCCUGCGCAUAACAAUGGAUUCGGAACUGAAGCGAUGCCGUCUACAGGGUCUUCGUCUUCAGUUUCGGCCUCACGGGAUUUGGGCAUGUCUGGCGACGAUCAUCGUCAUCAACAGCAGGUUGCACCGGCACCUCCGAAUGCCAACUCAUUGAUUGAGCAGUUGGUGAAUAUGGGGUUCACGCGAGAGCAGAGUCGUAGUGCGCUGGAGAAGUAUGAUUAUGAUCUGGAGAAAGCGACCAAUCAUUUGUUGGACUGGGAUGAAUAAGUCGAAUUGGCUGUGCGGGCCAGGUGGCCAGGCUGGAGGGCAGGGCCAGUGCCAAAGGAAAUAUAGUAUCCGCGUAGAGCGAACAAUAUUUGUCAUAAAAUAAAACCAUAGUUGUACAUUUGUA